AUGGUGCCUUCUCAAAAAUGCAGUCGAGGUGUUUUCUUCAAAAUCUGUGGUGCCUUCUCAAAAAUAUGGCAGGGCACUUCCCUUUGCAAAAGUGGCCGGGCAUAUCCUUGCAAAAUUGGUCGAACCCUUCCUGUUGCAAAAGUGGCUGGGCACUUCUCAAAAAUUUGGGCCGAGCACUCCUUAGAUACCUUAGUCAACCACUCCUCUUGCAAAAAGCUAGGUCGGGGCCGAUUUUCUCCUUGCGCACCCAGGCACCCUCCUCGCAACACUUGGGCAAGAAAAGUUGGGCCAAGGGAGUUGAAGUUCGGCGGGAGGUAUGUCCACUGA